AUGGCGUCGUUCAACCAAGGGGGCCAAAAGCCAAUCCUUCAACGAUGCUCAGAAAUCAACAACGGGGUCAGCGAGGUUGAGAGCAAGCUGAACCGGAUUGCUAUGCUGCAGAAGCGAUCGCUCAGCGAAUCCGGCAACUCGGCGACCAAGCAGGAGCUGGACGCGUUGACCGAGGAAACCAUGGCCCAGUACCGAAAAUUGACCCAACAAGUUCGGGAAGUUAAGUCCGAUCCCGCGAGCGGCCAGUCCAUGAAUGCCUCCCAGGUGCGCUUCGUCGAGAAGCGGCUCCGAGACGCAAUUCAAAAAUAUCAAGAGCUGGAAUCGGGAUACCGCACCGAGACGCGGAACCAGGUGGAGCGCCAGUUCCGCAUCGUUCGUCCCGAUGCCACCGACGCCGAGGUCCGCGAGGCCGUCGAGAACAGCAGCAGCGAUCAGGUCUUCCAGCAAGCGCUCAUGCGCAACGCCCGCCAGGCCCAGGCCAACGAGGUCCUCGGCGCCGUCAGGCAGCGUCAUCAGGAAAUGUUGGAGAUUGAGAAGAGAUUGGGCGAACUCCUGGACCUCAUGCAGGAUAUGCAGGUCUUGCUGGCCAAGCAGGAAGUGACAAUCGCCCAAAUCGAUACACAGGCCGAACAGGCUGCCGAAGACAUGGUCAAGGCGAACGAGCAGCUGGAGUCGGCCGUCGUGACGGCAAGGAAGACGCGCAAGAAGAAGUGGAUUUGCUUGGGUAUCUGCGUUGCCAUCGUUGUUAUCAUCGUCGUUGCCGUGGUCGCAUAUAUCAUGGUCAACCGCGCUUCGCAAGGCGGCGGCAAUAAGAAGCGCAGCCUCCUUCAACGAGAUGUCCUGGCUGAUCUGCAGAUGAAUACGGCCCGCUCCAUCGAGUUUGCCAAUGACCAGCCGGUAGCCCGUUCGAUCGACCACAUCAUCCCCCCGACUACAAGGCGACGAAUCUCGAGACUGGGAAAUGUAGCCGCUGAGAAGCGGUUCGUUGUCGAUUUGGACGGUGCCGACCCAACCGGGGCCGACAAAUGA